ACACUAAACUAAUAUGUAUAGAUCUGUUCGGUUCAGCGAGUUUUGUUUCGGUAUGUUUUCCGCAUUCUGCCAAAGAGAUUGCGCCACGUAAUAUGUCGACCUUUGUUCUAAUUCCGUACAAGGGCAAGACGGUCUUUUCAACCCCGUGUUUGUACCAGUAUCAAAACUCAAAUAUUUAUGUCCACCUAGAGCUUCUGAAGUUAGAUAGUUUAAUUGUUUUCUUCUUUCUGUUUACUUUUUUUCGUAUAAAUUUUUGUUCUGAAACGGGCAAUGCUUUCUCCGACAUUCUUGUCACCUCGUAUAAGUUUCAAUCUUUCUCAGCCACCACCUCUUUUUCCUCUUCAACGAAACAAAUUAACGACAACAACUAACCAUAAACAAGUGAACACAAAAAAUUCUCGUUGCUUUUCUCGCGGAAACAAUCCGUCUUCUUCAGACAAUUUUCCGAGUUUCGAGGAUUUCUCGAACUUCCUAGAAAAUCCAGAUUCUGAAUCGCCAGCUGAUCAGUCAUUUAGCCAAAGCCUCUGUCCUUUUCUGCUUGCGUUUUGGCUCCGGUCGAGUCGAACUCUAAAAGAUGUCAAAAGGGUCCAUGCGAUUGUUCUGAGGCGACUGAGAAACCCGGAUGCUUAUGUAUAUAACAACUUGAUUUGUGUUUAUUUUAGAUUUGAGAAGUUAAAUGAAGCCCGCAAUGUGUUCGACAAAAUGUCUCUUAGAAAUGUUGUUACUUGGACUGCAGUUAUUAAUGGGUACCUGAGCUUUGGUUUUGAUGAUGAAGCGUUGAGCUUGUUUAGUGAUUAUGUCGAAAGCGGGGUUCGGCCUAACGGGAAGAUGUUCGUGUGUGUCUUGAAUCUCUGCAGUAAGAGGAAGGAUUUUGAGCUUGGGAGACAAAUUCAUGCAGGUGUAGUGAAAGGCAGAUGGAGUAACAUGAUUGUGGAAAGUUCCAUUGUGAAAUUCUAUGCAAAAUGCGGAGAUAUGUUGAGCGCUUUUCGUAAAUUUGAUCAGAUGUUGAAGCGGGAUGUAGUUUGUUGGACAACUAUGAUCACUGCUUGUUCCCAACAAGGGAAGGGAAAGGAGGCUUUUUCUCUUUUCUCCCGGAUGUUAAACGAGGGAUUUUCUCCGAAUGAGUUUACAGUUUGUGGUGUCUUAAAGGCUUGCAGUGAAGAGAAGGAACUGAACUUUGGGAGACAACUACAUGGAGCCAUAGUUAAGAAAAUGUACAAGAAUGAUGUUUUCAUAGGAACUUCCCUAGUGGAUAUGUAUGCAAAAUGUGGGGAGAUUUUAGACUCGAGAAAUGUCUUCAACAAAAUGAGGCAUAGAAAUACGGUCACAUGGACAUCUAUUAUAGCAGGAUAUGCUCGGAAGGGGCUCGGUCACGAGGCUUUAAAGCUUUUCCGAGUGAUGAAGAAGCGGAAUAUAUUGACAAAUAACUUAACCAUUGUAAGCAUUCUCAGAGCCUGCGGUUUGAUCAGAGAGUCGCUUAUAGGGAGGGAAGUGCACGCACAGAUAAUCAAGAAUUCUAUAGAAACUAAUCUGUACUUGGGUAGUACACUGGUGUGGUUCUACUGCAGAUGUGAUGAAUACUCCAACGCCACAAAGGCCCUCCUACAAAUGCCUCUUAGAGACGUUUUCUCAUGGACAGCUCUAAUUUCGGGUUGUGCACAUCUGGGUCAUGAAACCGAAGCUCUCGAAUUUUUAAAAGACAUGAUGGAGGAAGGAGUGGAGCCCAACUCUUUUACUUACUCGUCAGCCUUAAAGGCGUGCGCUAGGCUGGAAGCCAUUCUUCACGGGAGAUUGAUUCACUCCUCUGCAAACAAAACUUCUUCGAUGUCCAAUGUGUUUGUGGGCAGUGCGUUGAUUUACAUGUACGCGAAAUGCGGAUACGUGGCUGAGGCACUUCAGGUCUUUGACAGCAUGCCAGAGAGGAAUUUGGUCGCCUGGAAGUCUAUGAUCGUGGGGUAUGCGAGGAACGGGCUAUGCCGAGAGGCUUUGAGGCUCAUGUAUCGAAUGCAAGCAGAAGGUUUUCAGGUCGAUGAUUACAUCCUUACGACGGUUCUUACGGCAUGCGGAGACAUCGAGUUGGAUAUGAACCACUCAUCCGCGUGUAGGUUGCAAUCUAGUUGACAAAUGAUCAGCUUUAGCAGGCCUCCGUUCAGAAUCUUCCUGCUAGGAUGAUCAAUUCUUACAAGAAUUCUUGACAUAUUAUUAUUAACUUUGCAUUGUAAUAUAAGUGUAAAAUUGUUUGUUCUAGUGGUGAAUGGGAAUCCAUGAUAGUCGUUUUUUUUUUCUUUUUCUUAAUUCUUGUUAAUCAAUAGAGAGAGGAAGACAAUUUUCUAGCGUCCAAAAA